GGGCCGCCGGCGCCAAAGCUGGGAAAGUGACACGGGGCUUUGCCAUGGAGUGGUCGCUGUCCAUGCUCAAAGACGAGGCAGGUCAGCACUUGCAGCUCCGCGACGUGGCAUUGGGCGGCUUCUCGCGGAAGUCUUCGUAUCGCAUCGCAGCCAUUGCGCUGAUGGACAGCGGCGACGUGUUCUCCUCGCAGGCCUGGUACGGGGACGGCGGGGACGGCCAAAAGGGCAGCGCCCCGAUGGCCUGCCCCGCGUGGGUGCCCUGGCCAAGCCUGCAGUCAACCUUGGUGGUGGCGGUGGCCUGCGGCAGCGGCUUCUGCAUGGCCCUCACGGCCCACGGGGAGCUCAUGGGAGGUGCGGAGCUGCAAUGGUCAGCCUGGGGCGAGGCGCCGGACGGCGCGCUGGGCCUGGGCGGCUCUGCGGCUUCGGAGCCCACUUUGGUGCCGGGCCUGGCGAGAUGCCGUGUGGCGGCUGUGGCCUGCGGGGAAAGUCACACCGUGGCGGCCUGCUUCGAUGAGGAGGAUCAGCCUGGGGCCGUGUACUCCUGGGGCCUCGCCAAAGACGGGCGCCUGGGCUACUUGGACGAGGUCAACCAGCGUGAGCCGCGGGUGAUCCCCUGGCUCACCGCGGAGCUUGGGGACUCCCUGGCUGCUCGCCGUGAAGGCGCCCCCGGCACCCCCACGCUGAGAGCCUCCCCGCCCCCUCGACGGAGCUCCUUGAGGCUGCCGCAACGCAUCACGCAGCUGAGCUGCGGGCUUCGGCACAGCGUCCUCAUUUGCCAGGGCGCCGUGAUUUGCUUCGGGGCAGAUGACUACGGACAGUUGGGGAGGAGUGCAAAGCAACGAGGCAGCCAGAGGCUCCGCCUGCCCGCCUUUGCGAACUGCCCAGUCCUGGAGGACUCGUGCGGAUCUGAUGCAGUGGCCCGGCGGCUCUGCUGCGGCCCGCUGCACUGCGCCUGCGUGUGCUCCCAGGGGCGCGUGCACCUUUGGGGUCUUGACCUGCGCGACAGACAGGUUGGGCAAGGCCCCUGGGUGCUGGACAGCUUUGGCCCGGAGAGGCCGGUGGUGGCGCUAUGCUGCGGCCCACACUUCCUGGUUUGCUCCGCCGAAGUCGCGCUGCCCCGACCCGCAGAGACCGAGUUGCCCCAGGAGGAGUUGCUGUUGGAGUACUGUGAAGAGAGCUUGACACCAGGCUUUGCUGGCUCCUGCUGGAGGCCGUCCCACCUGCCGCCAAAGCCAGAGGAGGAGUCAGAGCAUCACAAGAACUUGGUCCGCGACUUUGAGCGGAGCGUUCAGCGGCGGCUGCAGCAAGAGCAGAGGGAGGAGCAGCAGCGCCGCGAGCGCGAGGAGCGCCGGGAGAGGCGGCUGCAGGAGCACACGGAGAUUUGGACGCAGCUCUUGCCCAGCUUCGUGCCAGGCGAGCCCAGCGCCCGCAUGGCGCGGCUCUGGCGCCAGGGCCUUCCCCCCAAAGUCCGCGAGGUGGUGUGGCCUAUGGCCAUUGGCAACGUCUUGCGUAUCACGCCCGAACUCUUCGAGAUCCACAAGCAGCGAGCUUUGGACGCACGCCUCGCUCAGGAAGCAUCUGCCUCAAAUGUGCUCAUUACUCUGAAUGACGCGCCGCCCAGCCGCGGCAAGGAGCAGAGCACCAGCUGCAUCCCCUUCGACCUGCCGAGGACCUUCCCCACGCUGGCCUUCUUCUGCGAGGGCGGGCCUCUCCACGAAGACUGCGCGCGGAUCCUGGAGGCCUACACCUUCUUCCGGCCGGACAUUGGCUACGUGCAGGGCAUGAGCUACUUGGCAGCCAUGCUCUUGUUGUACCUCCCGCCCUACCAAGCCUUUGUGGGUCUGUGCAACCUGCUGAACACGCCGUCGGUGUUGGGCCUGUACCGCCUGGAUGAGCGAG